UUAGUUUUUUUGGGAAAACCUUGUAUAUUGGUGCGGUCUGGAAAAGAGUUAAUCCUAUUAAAUAUUGAUCAAUAUUGACAGUAUUAUUGACACUUGGGUAUCGCGUGAUUAUAUUGAUAGCGUAAAUUCGCCUUAUUGUCUGAGGUACUUACAUCUGUCAAACGUCAAACUCAAACAAGCAAGUCAUUAUAACGUAGUGAUUAUAUGCUCUUUGGUUUCUUCUAAAAAUAUUGUUCGGUAGGAACUUGGUAAAAGUAUAAAUUGAACCAAAAAAUGGUCACCAAAGUUGCUGUAGUGACCGGAGCGAAUAAAGGCAUAGGUUUUGCGAUCGUCCGAGGCCUCUGUAAGCGAUUCGAUGGCGUCGUAUACCUUACAUCCCGCGACGAAACUCGGGGUGAAAACGCUGUGACACAACUGAUUAAAGAGGGUUUACAUCCAAAAUAUCACCAGUUAGAUAUUACUAGCGUGAAAAGCGUUGAGAAGUUUCGCGAUUAUAUAAAGAAAGAGUACGGCGGCAUUGAUAUUUUGGUAAACAACGCCGCUAUUGCGUUUAAAAACAAUGCGAAAGAGCCGGUAACGGUGCAAGCCGAGCAGACUUUAUUCGUGAAUUAUUUCAGUCUGCUGUCUACUUGCGAGAUUUUGUUCCCUAUACUGCGUGUUGGGGCCAGAGUGGUCAAUAUCUCGAGCUCAUGCGGUCAUUUGAAUCAAAUACCUAGUGUGGCUUUGAGAAACAGAUUUAAGGACCCUAACUUGACCAUAGAGCAGUUGGGAGAGUUGAUGCAGGAGUAUAUAGAGGCGGCUAGGAAGGGGGCGCAGCUGGCGGAAUGGGGCAACUCGUCAUAUGUGGUGUCUAAGGUUGGAGUGACAGCACUGACCAAGAUACAACAACGAAUGUACAAUGAUAGAGAUAUAAAGGUUAACGCCGUGCACCCCGGCUACGUGGCCACGGACAUGUCGUCUCACAAGGGCCCGCUAACAAUCGACGAAGGCGCCUCGGCCCCCCUGUUUCUGGCCCUAGACGCCGGGGACUCCGUGCGGGGACAGUAUGUGUGGUACAACAGCAAGAUUGUCUCCUGGGACGGGGAGAAGCCGGAAGCGGCCGGCCAUUAGAAAAUCACUGAAGAAUAAUGAAAUCUGGCCACGCUGAAAUUCAUGCGGGAAAUCCAAAGAAAGUGACCCGUUUUUAUAAAUCUAGAGUGUAGAAUAAAUUAGUGCCUAUUAACAUUAAAACACUUGUAGUAGUA